AUGACGAGCUCCAGCUGGAAGUCCCAGCUGGACUCCCUGUUACCAUCAGGCCCUUCCACCAGCUCCACAGGGGCCCAAGCCAUGGCUGAGCCCACAGAGCAGGGCCCCAAGAACCCACGUGUGUCUGAUGUGACGGUUCAGCUGGAGAUGAAGGCUCUGUGGGAGGAAUUCAACCAGCUGGGCACAGAGAUGAUUGUCACCAAGGUGGGCAGGAGGAUGUUCCCCACCUUCCAGGUGAAGAUCCUGGGCAUGGACACGCUGGCUGACUUCGCCCUGCUCAUGGACUUCAUGCCUUUGGAUGACAAGAGAUACAGGCAUGCCUUCCAUAGCUCGGCCUGGCUGGUGGCGGGCAAGGCGGACCCAACCACGCCUGGCCGCGUGCACUUCCACCCCGACUCGCCGGCCAAGGGCGCACAGUGCAUGCGCCAGAUUGUGUCCUUCGACAAGCUCAUGCUGACCAACAACCUGCUGGACGACAAUGGCCACUUCCGAGACAGCUGGGGCGUGGGAGUGAGAGACACCAAGCAGCCUGGAACCUCCAACAAAGGGGCCUUUGAUACAGAACUGCAGACUCUCAAGUUCAGACCUGGCACCGCCGCUAUCAGAUGGGGGCAGCGGGCCCUGGAAGAAGGGCUUCGGCCCCAGAGAGGGUUUGCUGCUGUCCCACCCCUUCCGCACCCCCUGCAGAUCAUUCUCAGCCCUGUGCACCGCUACCAGCUGCGCUUCCACGUGGUCUUCGUGGACCCACGCAAAGACAGCGAGCGCUACACGCAGGAGAACUUCAAGUCCUUCAUCUUCACGGAGACCCAGUUCACGGCCGUGACGGCAUAUCAGAACCACCGGAGCACCCAGCUGAAACUCACCAGCAACCCUUUUGCCAAGGGCUUUAGGGAGAGUGACCCAGACUCCUGGCCUGUAUCUCCACGGCCCCUACUCAGCGUCCGGACCCGGAGUCGCAGCAGCCUCCGCCCCUGCCUGCCGAAGGGCUCCACAGAGCAGGAGAAAGACCCCCUAAACGCCGACCCCGAACAUCCUGGAGCACUUCCUCUGAGGUCCCGGACCCCCGCGGGCGCGGAGAAACGCGGGUCCCGGCGGGGCCUUAACAGCCAGACACCCCGACUCGCGAACCCCGCGGUCAGCACGGCCGUGCCCGGUCGCCGGGCCAGGCGCGACGCCAGCUGCUCUAGGCUUUCGUAAGAGGACACUCUCCAGACCAUCCAC